AUGUUGGUUGCAUUUUUCUCUUAUUCCCUUCCCCCACUGUCUUAUUUUACACGUGUAUUUGUUGCAAAGAUGAGGGUGGGGUGGACAACUCGCUCCCCAGUGAAGUCAAAAUGGAUAUGGGAACUUGAGCCGAGCAGGCUCCGCGCUAUCGACUUUUUUACCUACCGUCUCGGGCUUUUCAGCGAUCCCUCCACGAAGUGUACCAGGAAGGUCGCAGUCGACGGUAGCAACGGCAAAAUAAGCAAUAAAAAACGAAAUGCGAAUCGAUUAAACAAACUGUCUGAACCUUUGAGCCCUAUUCCGUCACCCUAUGGCGGGGAGCUUACGAAGGCGCACAAUACCGCAGGCGAUGGAUGCAGUAGGAUUUUCUCAUUCUCUCCCUUGAAGCUGAUGCAACGGAUGAUGCGCGAGUGGGAAGAAGAGCAGCGAGAGCUUUUGUCGCGAGAUGAAGAAAUCCUGGCAAGGGAAGAAGCGCAAAUGGCUUCUAUUAUGAAGCAUCCAUCCGCAUUGUUCGGGGAUGAAGCAGCGGUCCUGUACAAAUUUGGCAUGGGUGCCUUCGUUUCACCGAACGCACCGGGCUUCUCGGGAAUUUUUCGGCAGCAUUGGAAGGACUUUUUGGUCACGGAAAUGGUCUACGAUAGUGAGGGAGAAGAUGGCAAACCACUUUCCCGCGAGCUCGAUUGGACUAUUCCACCACUUCCUGAUUGUUUUCGUUCAGUUGAUGAAUCAGAUACCAAAUAUGUGCAUGGUGGCAGCACGGCUAGCGGUGAAAACCGCAUCAACAGUUUCUUUACCGUCGAUAUAGGAGGGCAGUUAAAACAAAUAAUGAAGGAAGAUAGCGGCGAGGGAGAUAGCAAAAGAACGGGGGUGGAACCCCUAACGGGUAAUCUGUCUGGCGCAGCCUCACGAAAUAAAUCUCGACUAGAGGGAAACGGCCAGGAUGAGGAUUCGAGCGAAUUUAGGACGGGGAAGUUUUACCUUCAGUGCUACCUCCGUAAGCAGCAUAUUGCACACAGCGUCGCGCUCUCCAACAUCGCUCAAACUCUUCGAAUGCACCCCUCCUGUAUAUCCGUAGCCGGUAUUAAGGACUACAUUGGGGACACGCUGCAAAGGGUCCGGUUGCAAAAUGUCACUCCAGCAUCAGCGCUAGAAGCAAAUCGUGUCUUCCGCAAGAAGAAGUGGGCAAUGACCCUUUCCGACUUCUCAUAUCAUACGGAACCACUAUUUCCUGGGCGGCUGUUCGGUAAUCACUUUAAAAUUGUCCUUCGAGAUGUGACGGUGCCAAAGACAUGCAUUCAACAGGCGGUGUACGAGCUCCAGACGCAUGGGUUCCCGAACUAUUACGGAUGCCAGCGGUUCUCGUGGUUUGGUGGGACUAAUGAUGCUGCUUUCGCUAUACUAAAUCAAAACUGGUUAGCUUUCGCGUUCCGCUUUCUCGGGUAUACCAGUCGUGAGCUGACACUCCGAGAACUGCUACAGCGUGAAAAAAAAUAUCCGAACCCAGUACAAGACGAGUAUCGUCGCAAUAUCGUACGGCGUCUUCGAUCCAUCGCAAUAGAACCCAGUGAAUUGGAUACGGCUCCAUUUCUUGCAUGUCCCUCCCUUGGUGCCCCGUUGACCGCUACCGAUGGUGGGCCCGUGAGCAAGAAGCAAGAGUUGAUACUUCUGCAGUUACAAGGUGCGUAUCUUGAUUUGAGCGUGAUGAGUCGGCGUCUCACAGCACAGCGUCUCUGUAGCUACUUGUGGAACCAAGUGCUAACACUUCGGCUUCACCACUUCGGUGGUAAAGAGGUUUUGGAAGGUGAUAUGGUUCUACCCGAGGUGCUGCGGCGUGUGCAAACCUCACCAGAAGAACGGACUGACUGGUACCGACAGGGUAUUCAUCUCGUUGAAACUGAGGAAGAAAGAGAGAGAACGUCCAUUAUGAAUGUUAUUCAUCCUGGUUUCUCCUUCAAUUCCAUGCGGUUGCCGCAGAACGCGGUAGGGGAGUAUUUUCUUCAGGUGUGUCAAAAGUACCACCUGGAAUGGCACAGCCGCCACUCGAGGUUGGGGAUUCACGACUUCUUUGAGCCACCGCGCCCUAUUAUUCGUAAACCAAUGAACCUGCGGUAUGACUACGACACUGAGUCAUGCAAGUUGACGCUUGAAUUUUCUCUUGAGCGUGGCAGCUACGCUAAUGUUGUUCUUACAGAGCUCAUGAAACAAGCUCGUUGUGUUGGUUCCUCUGAUAUUCUUACCCUUCCCGCUCCCGAUGCAAUGUGGGAGUUUGGAAACCGCGAUCCUGGAUACGUCACAUCCCUGCAAGACAUAUACGAAGGAUUUCAAGACGGUGUUGGGUUUGUGAAUGAGGAGCACGUCCUACCUUUUGUUGGGGAUGUCAAGCCGUGGGACUAUAAUACCGGGCCGCUCUUUCUACCGGAGAGUGCAGAUCCUGUGCGCAAAGCACAUCGUUGGGGAUCACGGCACCUGAUUCGGAAUAUGGCCCGCCGGGAACAAGAUGAGGAGGAAAUGAGGUUGCGACUAUUUGAGAAACCACUCGCCAAAACACUUAAAGAUGGCGAAGUGAGCUGUUACGCCGGGCACACAGUUCCCCUUCCACCCAAUGCUAAGGCGAAGAAAAUAUUCUUUAAAGUCCUCCGCCGGCAGCGUCGCUACCCCGGGGCACCCAAAACCACGCCACGUAUCAAACGCGGUGCAGAGGUUCAAAGGAGGGAAACGGCUCGUGUGCCGUUUAAAACCAUUAACAAGAAUACGUGGAACGUGACGUGGUGA